AUGGUAGGAUCAAAGUGUGGUGACCCAUGCCACUACGUGUUUUGGUGUUUGUGUGUGUUUUCUUUUUCCUUUUUUCUCUUCCAAUAAAAAAAAACUCUUCACCUAUUUCAGGAGCCAUCAAACACACACACACACACCACCUUCAUCCCACCAUUUUCUCUCUCUAAAAAUCCAUACAUAUAUUCACAGGCACACAUACACCCACAUCACACACACAUACACACCCAUUAACAAGAUUCACCAAAAUGCAUUAUUGGUCUCCUUCAUUAGAUGUUGAUCAUGAAUUUGAGAAGCUUGUUCAUCGUAUGCACCCACCAAGGGUGACAGUUGAUCACAUAACAGAUAAAAAGUCAACUCUGAUUAAGGUGGAUAGUGCUAACAAAAGAGGGAGUUUGUUGGAAGUUGUUCAGGUCUUGACUGAUCUCAAUUUGUUCAUUAAAAGAGCAUACAUUUCUUCUGAUGGAGGCUGGUUUAUGGAUGUGUUUCAUGUUAUUGAUCAAUAUGGAAAUAAGCUGUCCGAAGAUUUUAAUGUGGCAGAUCGCAUCCAGCAGUCACUUGGACCAAGGGGGUGCAGCUUCCGGUCCCUAAGAGGUUCAGUCGGGGUUCAAUACGCAUCCGAGAACACCACAAUCGAGCUAACCGGUCGUGACCGGCCCGGCUUACUAUCCGAAGUUUUCGCGGUCCUAACCGACCUCAAAUGCAAUGUGGUUGCGUCCGAAAUAUGGACUCACAACUCAAGAAUGGCAUCCAUAGUCUACAUAACCGACGACGAAACAGGUCUUCCGAUCGAGGAUCCAGACCGACUAGCCAAAAUCAAGCAACUUUUACUAUAUGUCCUUAAAGGCGAUCUAGACAGACGUGGUGCACAAACCGCGGUUUCUGUGGGGUCGACCCAUACACAAAGGCGGUUGCACCAAUUGAUGUAUGCUGAUCGCGAUUAUGAUACGGAUGAAUAUGACAUUGUUUCCGAGGGGACCAGUAGCCAUAAACCGGUCGUGACGGUAGAAAAUUGUGUCGAAAAAGGGUACACCGUCGUUAAUUUGCGGUGUACCGAUCGGCCGAAGUUACUGUUUGACACGGUUUGUACAUUAACAGAUAUGCAAUAUGUUGUUUUUCAUGCCACCAUCAUUGCUGAAGGCCAUGAGGCAUUUCAGGAGUUUUACAUUCGGCAUACAGACGGAUGCCCCAUCAGUUCAGAAGCCGAGAGGCAACGAGUAAUUCAUUGCCUUGAGGCAGCAGUCAAGAGACGCGUCUCAAAGGGUUUAAGGCUAGAACUAUGCGGCGAAGACAGGGUCGGGCUAUUAUCCGAUGUGACCCGGAUUUUUAGAGAAAAUGGGCUUUCAGUCACUCGGGCCGAGGUGACAACUAGAGGAUCUACGGCUGUAAAUGCGUUCUAUGUGAUCGAUGCAUCCGGUGAUCAAGUUAAAAGUGAAACAAUUGAAGCGGUUAGAACCGCGAUUGGUGAGACCGUGCUUAAAGUAAAUGAAGACGAAAUGUCUACAUUCUCGAAAUCGCCACGACGACAAACGGGUGGGUUUUCGUUGGGUAAUCUUUUUAGGAAUCGAUCCGAAAGGUUCCUUUACAAUUUGGGCCUCAUUAGAUCUUGUUCAGAAGUGGCUUAAAGUUAAGUUAGGGUAUAGGAAAGUACUUAGGGUAUAUUUAAUGUUUCUUUUCUUCAUCAACUGUAGAUUCUUGAUUUAGUGGACUCCUUGUAAAUACAUACAUGAAUGGCUUUUAAAUGUUUCAAAUUUAAAUUUUAAGGUGUGA